AUGCUGGAGCGAAUGUUAUGGAAUACAUGGCGGGGAUAUCAUAACGAGUACAUCGCGCGAUUUGCCGAAAUAGUUGCACAAGGAGAAACUUUACCGGCUGAGGAUCUGGUGCUGUGUUUCCUUACGAACAUACCACUGGAGAUAUGCGACAAACUGAAUCAAGAAGGAACCAGGAACUUCCAGGACUGGCGAGAGGCCGCCGCAGCCCUGAGAGAAUCGGCUGCGCCGUACGGAGCCUGGCGCGCGAAGAGGCUACGUUACGAGCAGGAGUUCGCAAACACGAAGCGUCGAUUGGGACCGGGCGGGUAUACUAACGCCUUAAGGCGGACCCCGACAGGAAGGGGAAAUACUGCAGACGAAAACGUUUCGAUUCGCCGUUAUGAAUGCACGGGAAAGGGGCAUUUGGGAAGGGACUGCCCUUUGCGUAACGGAGUGACUAGACGAAUGGGUGAAACCUGCUCUAAUGGCCCGGUACGUGAUAACGGGGGUGAGACGGACGGAGGAGAGCUCUCACAGAGGCGCGUGCUGCUACUAAGUGGUGGCGCGGUACGCGUUAACGGGGGAGAGGAGAACGAAAGGGGAGGAACGGCUUUCGGCGGGACAGGGAAUGGCGUGAACGAGUGCACGGGAGGUCAUGAGAAUACGAUGGACGGAGGAUCGAUCCAUGGAGGACUAUUGGAUACGGGAGCGUCCAGGAGCUUUAUCCGCCCGGCUAUUGUGGAACGACUGGGCUUGAAGGUGCGCUUCCUGCAGGAGGCGCACUCCUCCACAGUAGCCAACGGUGAAGUCAUACUCAUCGAUAGGGAGGUACCAAGGUUGUCGAUGCUCUGCGGAGAAGAGUGCUUCACAGGAGAUUUCCUGUCGGACAAGCUCAGGACUUAUGUAAAUGGGCGGUUGUGCGAUCUGCCGGUCUUGCGUAGAGAGGGCGAGCCGAUUCAGGGUACUCAGAUUGACACGGAACCAGUCAAGACGGCGGCGGACCACGCCUAUGCCGAUUUGGCUAAACAAGUUGCUAGAAUGUCAGCGGAAGAGGCUGCAGCUCUUCUUCGUCCUCCCACCAAACGUUAUAAAUCCAGGCAUCGAGCUGGUGGUCGGGUGAAAAUAAAGGAUAUCCUACGGGAGGCGCGGGAAGACACAGCAGCUUUAAAGCAGGCUAUAGAGGGAUUACACUGCGUAGUCGCUCUACCAGCAGCAGAAACUGAUCGUGCCGUUCACGUUCCUGUAGAGCGCCAGGGUGAUCUUCUGUGCGCGAUUGUAGAACACCUGAAAGUAACACGCUUUGAGCCAGGCGCUCCGCCGACCAAGCCUGUAGAUACGGCGCCACCGCCAUCUGCGGAUAUAGACGACUCCCCAUGGCCUACAGCUAAGCUGCAAUAUACAGAAUUUGACGCGUGGUCUAAUGGUCCGGAGGCUCUUCGUUUGCCUAGACAGAUUCUUACCGUUCUGCGACAACAUCGACUCCUGUUUCCCGAUAGUCUGCCUGAUGGAUUGCCACCCAAGAGACCUUAUGAUCAUCGAAUUCUCCUUUUACCCGGCAGACUACCGACGCGCGCGCCGAUAUACAAUAUGCCACCUGACCAGCUGGCACAUCACUCUAAGGAGAUAGCACGUUUAAGUGCCAAGAGAUGGAUUGGGCCCACUUACUCACCGAUUCGUGCUUCUACGAUAAUGGUCGACAAACGAGACGAUGGAUCUGGUGAAGGGAAGAUGCGAAUGGUCGUCAAUUACCAAGCGCUAAAUGCGCUAACGAUAGCUCCUGAGUUCCCGAUUCCAACUGUGCAAACUGUUUUGGAGAUGAUCGGCGGCGCCGCAUAUUUCCCGACUUUGGACCUGGAAGCGGGAUUUCAUCAAAUUCGCAUGGCGCGGGAGGAUAGGUGGAAAACGGCCUUUCGCUCAGUACAAGGCCUCUUCGAAUAUAAGGUAAUGCCCUUCGAUAGGUGGAAAACGGCCUUUCGCUCAGUACAAGGCCUCUUCGAAUAUAAGGUAAUGCCCUUCGGCCUCAAUGGAGCACCUGCCACAUUCCAGGCAAAUAUUAACGCGUACCUUCAACCGUUACUAUGUCAUGGCGUUAUUGCUUAUCUAGACGAUGUAUUUAUAUACAGCUCGACCUUGGAAUCCCACGUCCUACUCCUACAGCAAGUCCUCGGCAUGUUCCUAAAACACAAGUUCUACCCUCGGCUGUCAAAAUGCAAGUUGGGACAACAGGAGCUUACUUACUUGGGAUAUAGUAUAGGAGCCGAUGGUAUCAAGCCCGCAGCCGACAAGGUGGAAGCGAUCCUUUUAUGGACUGAUGUUCUAAUGAACGAAACACAUGUUCGACAGUUUCUGGGUACCAUGCCUCAGGCUACGCUAUUGGCGCAGUACUAG